GCCGCUUCCACCUGCAAGGCUGCCGUAGCCCCUUUAAAAGGCAGAGCCGUGAAAGAGCACGUUCCUAGGACGAACCAAUGACAAGCCCCAUUUAGCCUCUGUCCCGCCCAUCCCCACCGGAGGUCGAAAGUCUCGUUCUAUGGCCUGUGGCCUGUGCAGUGAACCCGGAGGCUCCAGGUCGGCUGUGAUUGUUCUGCUUGCCCGCUCGCUGCCCAUAUGGCCCUGAGAGGCGUCUACGCGCGGCUACUGAACCGCGGACCCGGCCUACGAGUCUUUCGUUCAUGGAGCUCGGCGACAGCGCAGACCGAGAAAGGCGAGAAGACCCAGAGUCGAUCGGCCAAGCCUUCGCGGCCUGAGUUUGACUGGAGGGACCCCCUGUUGCUGGAGGAGCAGCUGACAGCAGAUGAGAUCCUCAUCAGGGACACCUUCCGCACCUACUGCCAGGAGCGCCUCAUGCCCCGCAUCCUGCUGGCCAAUCGCAACGAAGUUUUUCACCGGGAGAUCAUCUCAGAGAUGGGGGAGCUCGGUAUGCUGGGCCCCACAAUCCAAGGGUAUAGCUGUGCUGGAGUCUCAUCGGUGGCCUACGGGCUCCUGGCCCGAGAGCUGGAGCGAGUGGACAGCGGCUACAGGUCAGCAAUGAGUGUCCAGUCUUCCCUUGUCAUGUACCCUAUCUAUGCGUAUGGCAGCGAGGAGCAGAAGCAGAAGUACCUGCCCCGGCUGGCCAAGGGGGAGCUGCUGGGCUGCUUUGGGCUCACAGAGCCCAACCACGGGAGUGACCCUAGUGGCAUGGAGACCAGAGCCCGCCACAACCCAUCCAGCAGGAGCUACAUCCUCAACGGGUCCAAGACCUGGAUCACCAACUCGCCUGUGGCCGACUUGCUGAUAGUAUGGGCUCGGUGUGAGGAUAGCUGCAUUCGGGGCUUCCUGCUGGAGAAGGGGAUGCGGGGCCUCUCAACCCCCAGGAUUGAGGGCAAGUUCUCUCUGCGGGCAUCAUCCACAGGGAUGAUUAUUAUGGAUGAUGUGGAGGUGCCAGAGGAGAAUGUGCUGCCCGGGGUGUCUGGUCUGGCGGGUCCCUUCGGCUGCCUAAACAACGCCCGCUAUGGCAUCACAUGGGGUGUGCUUGGAGCCGCUGAGUUCUGUUUGCACACGGCCCGGCAGUACACUCUGGACAGGAUCCAGUUUGGUGUCCCACUGGCCAAGAACCAACUGAUUCAGAAAAAGCUGGCGGACAUGCUCACUGAGAUCACAUUGGGCCUUCAUGCCUGCCUGCAGCUCGGCCGCUUGAAGGAUCAAGACAAGGCCGCCCCGGAAAUGGUCUCUUUGCUGAAGAGGAAUAACUGUGGGAAGGCCCUGGACAUUGCUCGCCAGGCCCGAGACAUGCUGGGGGGGAAUGGGAUUUCUGAUGAGUAUCACGUGAUCCGGCAUGUCAUGAACCUGGAGUCUGUGAACACCUAUGAAGGUACUCAUGAUAUCCAUGCUCUGAUCCUCGGAAGGGCUAUCACAGGGAUCCAGGCGUUCGUGGCCAGCAAGUGAACCCACUUCACCUGGGAGCCCAGAUGGCACCAAACCCCUCUCCAGGGAGACACAGGGCUUGGAGCUUAGUUGGAGAGGUGGCAGAUGGAGCCAGUUCUUCUGGUGGGAAGUGAGAGACACUGAUUUUUAAAUAUCAAAAUUUCCCUUUUGAAGUCAUUCAGAUGUGUUCCCUAAAGAGAAGAUGGGACUUUCUGUACUGAGUGUCUCAAUCCAGUUUUGACCAUGGACAGGCAUGGACUCUACCUGCCUUGGAACAGAGGCUCCUCGACAGGGGAGCAGGGAAGCAACUUGUGAGACCCACCAGUGUCUAAGUGAACUGCUCCAUCCACACGGCAAGCAUUCACUCUGCACCCUCUGACCCUCCCAUCUGGGGGCAAGUGCCUUACGCUGGACGCUGGAGCAGAAUGAGGGGUAAAGAGAGAGAAUAAUAAAGAGUGUGCAUGUCUGA